UACCACAAGUCGAGGCCGGGGGAAACCGAUCAGAUUCGGUUUUUUUAGUGACUACUCGGACGGAGUUGGCGCGGCGCGCGGCAGUGUUCUAGCAAAGAGAACCAUCAGAACAACCUCGCCUAUACCACCGCACUCCCAGCUGUACCGCCCCUCCGUAUGCCCCCGCCGACCGCCGGCGGGAUCAACGAGCCACAAGAGUGUCCGUACUGCCGCCGGACAUUCUCUUGUUACUAUUCCCUGAAGCGACACUUCCAAGACAAGCACGAGCAGUCCGACACCCUGUACGUGUGCGAGUUCUGCCACCGAAGGUACCGGACUAAGAACUCCCUGACGACGCACAAGAGUCUGCAGCACCGCGGCUCCAGCGGCAUGCUGAAGCGCCUGCUGAAGACCUCGGCGCUGCAGAGCGCGCUCGCGCCCUCCCCGCACCACCUGUUCGACUUGGGCGCCAGCGACCACGCGCCCCAGCUACCCCCUGGCCUUCAAUGACCACAAACCAUGGCUUAAAUCGGUGGCUACUUCACCCUCGCACGACUGCGCUCGGGCCCACCCGCUCGCAUUCGGCGCGAGGUACAAUGGACGCGGAUACGAAAGGGAUAGCAUCAUGUGCAAUAUAACGGACAAUGCCAAAACAAUGCAGGACUUUGCCGCAUUAUUAAUUAAUCGUAUUAUAAUUAGUUAAAUAUUGACGUUAGUUUUAAAAUUACAUGAACAGUAUUGUCGCGCGGGCGCCUCAAGAUGUGGGCGCCCUUGCUUAAUGAAAGGCGAAGGGUGCCCGCAUCGCGGGGCCUCGCUUAGUGUACGCUUCGACGAUCGAACUUCGCUUUGUGACAUUAUAAUGUAACAGUACUAAAGUUACUGGCAUUUUCUAGUGAAAAUGUUCAAACAGUGUUCAAAAUGACAAUGUAAUCCAGAGCAAUACUAAAGUAUUAAUAUUUCUAGUACUGCCAAAAUUAUGCCAACCGUAUUGUAAAAGAAGAACGUUUUUUUUAAAUCACUUUUCGAUUAAUGUUUAGUGUCAAAUUAGAAUCGCUAACUGUACAAAAAAGAACGUACAAAUUUUAAACCGUAAUUUUUAAAAUGCAAAGAAAAUAUUUUUUAAAGCGACUUUUUCGGAACGCCAAAAUCUAAAUUUAAAAAAUACAGAUUAUAUAGUAAUUAAUUAACCAAAAAAAUUAGAUUAAAAAUGUUGAUGUUGAGUAAAAAACAAAGACUUCUUAGAAUCUGAUUUCGAAAGUACAAAAUUAAUGUCUAAUUGAAACAUAUGUGUAAUCUAUGUGCGUUUGGCUUCAAUUCUAAUGGUAUCAUCAAGUAGCCGUGCCUUCGUUCUUCUUCAUGCCAUUAAGUAUUGGUGAAGGUUUCGAGGAGCGCGGCGUGGACUGUGUGGCGUGGCGAGGGCAGUUGGCGGACGAGCCGCCGCCGAGACUUACAGGGUUGCGAGGCACGCACGCCGCGAGAGGGUCUUCGAAAAGGUUCGGUUCGACGAUCGUAUACGUGUGCAUGAUUGCAAAUCAUGAUGUAAAAGUAAAGCGUUUCUUCUGUAAUAAAUUACGUAGUUUUAGGUAUUAAUAGAAUUAUAUUUAAUCUGUAUCCAAUUUCGGAUUUCUCUCUAUGAGUGUAUAGUGGUUCUUAUUUAAAUGUCGACCAACGUAGCGGACGUCACGUUAUUGAAAAUUUAUUAGAUUAUUAUUAUUAUAUUAUUCUCAAAAAUCUUAGGAUAACCAUAAGAUGGCUGCAGAUUGUAAAAAAAAUAUUUUAUUUACUUAUUUAAUGAUAUUAUAGGAAAUUGCUUAGGAACCGUUUCGUCUGAAAUUAAAACAUAUCUGCUCAGGGUGUACAUUGGCGAACGAUAACUAAACCUAUCAGGAACUACAGGCGAAUUCCCAACAUAUCACAAAAUAAUAUGUACGAAGACACCUCAAGGAAAAUAUAUAACACCGUGAUAUUUCACAAGCCAAAGAAAGGGGAUAUAAAUAUGCCAAUAUGCAUUUAUUUCCAGUAGAAUAAAACAUUCUGAAAAAUCUAAAGAAAAAUUAAAAAUAAAAUUAGGUAUCGUGCCAUAUCCAAAUUAUUGUUAAUCAGUAUCUUCUUCCGUGAUUAUACCUAUGAAUUUAAAAGCCGACAUAUCAGUCACUGAAAGUGAAUCGUCAGUAAAGAUCAGAUCAUCAAUUUUCAAUCAAUGCACAAUUUCAUCUUCGUCAGUCGAGGAUUUUGCAUUUAUUUUUCCAAUUAUAGUAUAACUUGAGUUAAGAAUUUUAAUUUUAGAUUUUGUAUUUUAUUUCCUUUUUCGGAAUGUUACAUAUUCGUACUUUGUGAUAUGACUAUAUUUAAUGGAAUGUUAUUUGGUAUUUAUCCAAAUACUUAGUUAUACAUUUAAUUUUCGUAAUUUGAACCUCAGCUUAGAUAUUAAACAAAAGAAAGCAGGGUUCACCCGUUUCAGAAAUAAUCAUUUUCUAAUUUUUUGAGGUCAUCCCCAGCUUACAACACAUAUACCUCCUUUUUCGUAAUACCUCAAGUAUAUUAUUUUGUUUUUAAUUUUUAUUUCAAUGUUACAGAUACUGGCUGUAUAGGAGAGUAAUUUCGUUUUAAACGCGUUCAGUUCGGUUCGUUCGGACAAGAAUCAUUAGCCGAAGCUUAGAUGAGACAACAAGCGGGUAGUUUGAAUUGUAAAUACUUAUAAGUUAGAAAUUACAUCGUAAAUCGUGGCAUCAUUUGGGAAUAGAAGCCUCGUGAUAUUAUUAACUAAAUGGUAAAAUAGAUAAAAUCAUUAACGGAAAGGAUUUUUAUAUAUUAUUCUACUAAUGGAUUUAUUGAUAGUGAAACUUAGACGUAGUCUUUCCAUAACGUUUAGUGUUUGUGUUUGUUGUUUUCGCUGUGCAAUUAUUUCUUAUCGGUUUGGCUGUUUGUAAACUAGGUUGUUGACGUCGUUAUUUUUUUUUUGUAGUUUCCCACCUAUUUGGAAUUCUUAAUUCGAAAUUUUGAUCUCAGUUGACAGCUGCGUACUACAUCAAUUUCGGAGACAGCCGUUUGUGAUUGUUAUUAGGUCUUAAAUGUGAAUUUGCGUUAAGUUUGGAUAUGUGUCGGCAAAAAACGGGACCGCAGCUAUGAAAUUCAAAACCAGAACGAAAUCUAUUUAAAAAAAACAGCGAAACGAUAAAAACGUUUGAUAUUUUGCAAUGUAUACCAAAAUACUGCAUUUUUAUGUAUAGUAAGUCGAUAAGUGAGAAACUUUUGUAAUA